UGGAGGUCCGAUGGGCCCGGACCACCAGAAGCAGCCCAUGUUAGCUUUCCCAAAACAGCCUAGCUCCUGUUCAACAAGCAUCACAGUCCCCCAACGCCAAAAAAUGGGCCGCCCUUUUUCUCAAGACUGCUGCAGGGUCAGCUUUGCACGCAGGAAGCAGAACUUUGCGAUUUCACAGAAUCCGCUGUUUCUUCUGUUUCUUUCUCAGACUGAUUUCCUCCCCACCUACCUCCUCCACUAACCUCGCUCAUAUCACAUCGCAUCUCGUCACACAAUGUUCUCGCGGGCCGUCCGGAUAUCGCGGGCAGUGCCGAUCCGCGCUGCUCAGCGCGCCCAAGCUGCUCCCAUCGCCGCCGCCCGGAGGACAGUUACCACCAAUGCUGCGUCGGCGCAGGUCGACAAGACCUCCAUUCCGGAGUCCGAUGACGAGCCUUUCCACAUCAGGCUCAGCGAUGAGAGCUUCGAGACCUACGAGCUCGACCCGCCCCCCUACACGCUCGAGGUAACCAAGAAGGAACUGAAGGACAUGUAUCGCGACAUGGUAGUUGUCAGGCAAAUGGAGAUGGCUGCCGACAGGCUAUACAAGGAGAAGAAGAUCCGGGGUUUUUGCCACCUUUCCACCGGUCAGGAGGCCGUCGCCGUCGGUAUUGAGCACGCUAUCAACAAGUCUGACGACGUUAUCACCUCGUACCGAUGCCACGGCUUCGCGUACAUGCGUGGUGGUACUGUCCGCUCCAUCAUCGGUGAGCUGCUCGGCCGCCGCGAGGGCAUCGCCUACGGCAAGGGUGGCUCCAUGCACAUGUUUGCCAAGGGUUUCUACGGCGGCAACGGUAUCGUCGGCGCUCAGGUCCCCGUCGGUGCCGGUCUUGCUUUUGCCCAGAAGUACACCGGUGGCAAGAAGGCUACCAUCAUUCUCUACGGUGACGGUGCCAGCAACCAGGGUCAGGUCUUCGAGGCUUUCAACAUGGCCAAGCUCUGGAACCUCCCGGCGCUGUUCGGCUGCGAGAAUAACAAGUACGGUAUGGGCACAUCUGCGGCUCGUUCAUCGGCCCUGACCGACUACUACAAGCGCGGGCAGUACAUCCCGGGUCUGAAGAUCAACGGCAUGGACGUGCUCGCCGUCAAGGCUGCUGUCCAGUACGGAAAGCAGUGGACUGAGCAGGACAAUGGCCCUCUUGUUCUCGAGUACGUCACUUACCGGUACGGCGGUCACUCCAUGUCCGACCCUGGCACCACCUACCGUACCCGUGAGGAGAUUCAGCGCAUGCGGUCCACCCACGACCCCAUUGCCGGCCUCAAGCAGCACAUCCUGGAUUGGGGCGUUGCGAAGGAGGACGAGCUCAAGGCCAUCGACAAGGAGGCUCGCAACCACGUCAAUGAGGAGGUCGCCGCCGCCGAGGCCAUGCCCUUCCCCGAGCCUACGGCCAAGAUCCUGUUCGAGGAUAUCUACGUCCGUGGCACCGAGCCGCAGUUUAUCCGGGGCCGGACGCCGGAUGAGGUUUACUACUUCCAUUGAGGAACGUGCGGAGCCGACAGCUUGCUUUAAUGGAUUCCACCUUGGGAGGACAGGUUUCAUACCGGGACUGCGAGGUUCUGAGCGAGCGUUAGGGAGUUUUGCUGUACAGUAUCCUAAUCUGCUAUAGAGCCUGGGAAGGUCGUGAAAUUGAGGUUCGGGAUGGGAAGCUUGAAAUUUUUUUUUCAGCUGUUGCCUGCUUGGUUAAGACUUAACUACAAAAUUCAACUUUGCGAUCGAGAGCUGAGCGAUCGAACGUUAUGAAUGUCACGAACAACUUCCACCAAGGUAGCGGCCCCAUUGAUGGCCGGUGCUUUUCUGUUGGGCGGCUCACUCAUGUGACUGUGCACUUUACGCGACCCCUGUAACCAACUGCUGCCUUCGCC